AUGAAUAGAAAAGCCGCAGCAUUAACAGUCACUCCUGAUCCUCUCUCUAUGCCAUUGGAAAAGUUUAAUGAAGACCUCAACGUAGUCAUUACUUCAGAAUAUGCUGCUGCACAUGAGGCUGUAGAGGGAUUCAAAACUCUUCCCGAAGUUACUAAUAAGACAUUGAUUUACACCGGAAAUAUACUGAAUCGUCAAUUCAUCCCAUCAUUACUUGCCUUUGGCAUUGGAAGUCUGGUGCAGCUCAUCUUAUCCAAAGUGCUGCAGAAGUGUAUAAGAAAGAUGGAUACAGACGAACAAACGACAGAGGGAGCGUCUAAAGGAAACGCAAUUGAUGGUGAAGCACAUAGAGAAUUCUACUAUGAAUUGGCGACGAGUGAGGAGCCUUUGACUUGGGAUGCCACUUUCGUAGCUGGAAAAGGCUAUGUUGACUUCAAUUGGAAAUUCUAA